AUGGCGCAAACAAGUCCAUCUUUACAAAUGGCUCUAAAUUAUUUAUGUGAAGUGCGCAUUCCUGUAGCAUUCUGUCAGAGAUUACCCACAGAAUCUCCAGCAUGUGGACGGGCAAUUCUUCAGUGCCCUAAUGGAGCAUCUUGGGUUGUACAAGUGAACAAAACUGAAAAUGGAACCUACCUCGAGGAUGGCUGGGAGAAAUUUGUGCAAGAGAACUGCUUGAAAAAGUAUGAUUUCCUAGUGUUUAGGCAUGAUGGUGGAAUGCAGUUCCUCGUUAAAGUUUUCAAGGGAAAUGGGUGUCCAAGAGAAGAGUGUUUUGCUCGUGUUCCUUCUCCAGUUCUCGCGCCAGAAAGAUAUGUACCAAAAGAAGAGUGUUUCACCCCUGUUCCUUCUCAAGUUCUCGCGCCAGAAAGUGAUGAACCAAAUGAAGAGUGGUUUGCUCCUGUUCCUUCUCCAAUUCUUGGGCCAGAAAGUCAUGGAUCAAAAGUGAAGUGUUUUGCUCCUGUUCUAUCUCCAAUUCCUGAGCAAGAAAGUCACGGACCAAAAGAAGAAGAAGCAUGCCUUAUCCCUGUUGCUUCUCCAAUUCCAGGCCAAGAGAGUCUCGGACCAAAACAAGAAUGCUCCACCCCUAUUGCGUCUCCAAUUCCUGCACAAGAAAGUCAUGGAUCAAAAGAAGAAUGCUUCACUCCUGUUGCUUCUCCAAUUCCUGCGGAAGAGAGUCAUGGACCACAAGAAGAAUUUGUCACUUUUAUACCCUCUCCACUUGGGCAAGGAAGAAAGAGACAUGGAAUCUCAUGUGAAAGUUCAACGAGAAAACGGAGAGGCACUGUUAAUGAGGAGAUGCUUGCUCCCGCAAUAGUAGUCAAGAGAAAAGUUCUAUCUUUCAGUAAUAUGUAUUACCCACUAGUAGUAUAUAAAAGAGGAACUGCAUUCAAUCAGUUGUAUAUAAAAGACUCUCGGAUUGAAAGUUCUAUCUUUCAGUUCUCGCUUUCCUUUCUUCUGGAACUGUGUGAAGGCCUCCUAUAAGAGGCUUAUGGUGAGUUGAUAAAUCUUGUUUACCAAUUAAAUGCUAUUUUAACUAUA